AUGGCUGCCCCUCCUGACCACUCUACAUCUCCAUCUUCACCUUCCCGACUAGGCCUCAACCCUGAACAGCUCAAAUGGCUCCUCUCCAAACUUUCAUCGGACGAUCAAGAAGAGGUCUCCAAGAUCAUGAAAGACUGCACCUCCGAGAUGACCUUUUCACGAGGAAUGCCAUUCGCGAUUGGAACAAUGUUAUCCAUGUGGUUUGUGCGGAACCGGCUGCCGGAGAAGUAUUGGAUCGGCCCGAAGUCCUCGAUCCCUUUCUACAUGCUCAUUGGGUUUGGUUCGUUGACGGCGGCAAAUUUGUUGUCCAUGAAUACGUGUGCGGAUCGGGUGAGACCGAAAUUGACAAGUCUUUACGAAAAGGUGGGUAGUUUAAUAUUUUUUGGUUUUUAUGUUUAGGUAAAGAUGAAUUUGAUGGCAAAUUAAGUAUAGAAAGGUGUGUUCAAGCUCUAGCAAGCUUUUGGAAAAUUUUACGCUAAGAAUUUGUUUAAAUUCCGCUGGUUUUAACGAUAUUAUGCUUGAGGUGUUAGGUCAAGUGUAAUAUCGAAAUUUUUGCCGUUUUCUUGCAAAUUUCUUUUGACAAAGAUGGUGAAUGGCUAGAUAUUGCUAUUCUGCUUUUUAAACAUUUGCAACCCCAGUGGUUCUACUGGAUUUUAUGAUGUUGCACUUGGUAAUCCUAGUAUCAAGUAUAAUAUCGAAAUAAAUUCGAUUUUUGGUUUAUCGAAAAGGCUUACAGGUUAGAUAAAGAUUUUCUGGACCUUCAAGAGUUCUGAGGGCUUUUAACACUUGUCUUUUUAUUAAUGAUUGACCUUAUAUUACACUUGACUUAUCAGCUGUCAGAGCAUGGACAAAACUCUUCGCCAACCCUCUGAUUCCUUCCUAAUUUCAGUACAACAACCUCUCCGCUGAAGGCGGCGUCGCGAUAGAUCGUUAUGCCCAGCUGCGGCAGCAAAAUCGUUCGGGUGUGACGUUGGGAAACAUUUUGGAGCAGCAGCGAGACGCCGAAGCGAGUUAUCAAGAACGAAAACGGAUCGAGGACGAGAAAGAGCGCGCCAAAUACGUGUGGGACGAGAGUGCCCCACUCCUAAGUGGUACCCCAACCAGUCGCAGUGUCCACAGCAUUCCAUCGAACUUUUUCGGAGACCCAAAAUCAUCUUCCACUAGCUAUGGGGACAAAGAUUUCUCGUGA